GAGUGCGUCUCAGGGAUGAAGCAGACAGGGUGUGAGGGAGUCGGUUUGAAAACCCAGUUAAUGCAAGUUUGGAGUGUGGAGCUUUUGAGGGGCUGCUGGGACAUAUAAUGAAAGUGUGGCUGGGGCAGCUCUCCAUCUGGGGCUUCCAAAAUCUGCCACGUGAGCUUCAGUCCUCGUGGAUCAGAAACACUGGGAGCUGUUUUCUGGCUCAGCUGCUGCUUCCCCUUCCCUCCGGCCGGCAGAUGCCCCCCGGUGCUGCCGGGCUGGGGCAGGAUUGCUGCGGACACUUCGGUUAAAGGGGUGUGGAUGAGCCCACAUUUUGGAGCCCAUGGGAUGAAGCUGCUCUCCUGAGGAGCCUCCCCGGGUGCCAGGCAGGGUCCUGUGCUGUGAUGAGGAGCAGGACGUGCCCUGUGGACACCUGAACCCUGCAGCUGUCAGAUUUUGGAGUGCUGAGACGGGGGGUUUCUCACCUGCCUGCACACAGAGGGGCUCAGCCGCAGCCAUGGAGGGGGACGGGGCCAACGUCACCACCUACGAGCUGGCCCUGCAGAACCGCUCCAACGCCAGCGCCCAGUUCACCGGGGUGCAGCUCAUCCAGUCCUUCAAACCCCUCAUCAUCCCCUGCUACGCCCUGGUCGUCCUCGUCGGCAUCUUCGGCAACUACCUGCUCCUCUACGUCAUCUGCAGGAGCAAGAAGAUGCACAACGUCACCAACUUCUUCAUCGGGAACCUGGCGUUCUCCGACAUGCUGAUGUGUGCCACGUGCGUGCCCUUCACCCUGGCCUACGCCUUCAACCCCCAGGGCUGGGUUUUCGGGAAGUUUUUGUGCUACUUUGUCUUCCUGAUGCAGCCCAUGACCGUCUACGUCUCCGUCUUCACGCUCACGGCCAUCGCAGUUGACAGGUACUAUGCCACCCUGCACCCCCUGAGGAGGCGCAUCUCUGUCACCAGCUGCAUCUCGGUGGUGGGGGGCAUCUGGCUGCUGUCCUGCGGGCUGGUGGCCCCCGCCGUGGCCCACACGUACCACGUGGAGUUCCGGCAGGAGGGAUUCACCAUCUGCGAGGAGUUCUGGGUGGAGAAGGAGACGCAGCGCCUGGCCUACGCCUACAGCACCCUGAUCCUCACCUACAUCCUGCCGCUCUCCGCCGUGUCCCUCUCCUACCUGUGCAUCUCGGUGAGGCUGCGGAACCGGGUGGUGCCCGGACACCCCACGCAGAGCCAGGCCGAGUUCGACCGCCUGAGGAAGAGGAAAACCUUCCGCCUCAUCGUGCUGGUGGUGUUGGCCUUCGGCGUCUGCUGGCUCCCCAUCCACGUCUUCAACGUCCUCCGGGACAUCGACAUCCACCUCAUCGACAAGCGCCACUUCCUGCUCAUCCAGCUGCUGUGCCACUGGUGCGCCAUGAGCUCCUCCUGCUGCAACCCCUUCCUCUACGCCUGGCUCCACCACCGCUUCCGCACGGAGCUCCGCAGGAUCUUCUCCUGCAAGAGGAGGAUCCGCCCUGCCAAGGGCUGCGGGGCUGCUGGUGGAGUGCUCUGAGC